AUGUUUUUACUACGUAACUUCAUUGAUUCGGACAGAAAUCUGUUCGUUCUUAUCUAUCUUGGUUAUCGUCUAGAAAACAGUUAUGUUAAAACAAGUUUUUUGAAUACAUUAGAAUCAAUCAGAGACGAGCGACAUACAAAUUCGCCGACUAAUCCAGUUAAUGAAGCGAAUAGUCGGCGUUUAUCGGUAAUUAGAGCAGAACUUCAUCAAUUAACACGAGAAAAAACCAAAUACAAUGUGGAAAAAUUAACACAAGAUAUUGAGUUUCUGCACGGUGAAAUCGAACUUCUAACCCAUGGAAUUACGGAAAUUAACCAAAAAAUCAACGCUCAAAUGCGAACUAAAAAAACUUUGAACGCUCAAAUGAGUAUUCUUCGUUCGACUACUCGAGUUCCUUAUGUCGAUUUGCAAACAGCUCUCCAAGAAAAACAACGCUACGAAGAGGAAUUGAACAAACCAGGUAAAACUGCAUCAUAUCGUGGCCUUGUACAAAGAAAAAUCAGUUUAAUCAUUGAAUAUUUACCUCAAUUGCAAAAACAUGACGAAUAUCGUCAACAAUACGAACAAGCUGAUCAAAUUCAAAAAGCCGACCAACAUAAACGAGAUAAAUUCGUCGAGAGUCUAAAUAUAAAAACACGUAAACAAACAGAAAAUAAACAAUUAGUACAUGAUAGUAUUAUACGAUUACCGGAACUCGAACAAAAAAUCGAAAAUUUACGCUCGGAACGUGAGCAGAUUAUGAGCUCAAUUAGUGCAAGAAAACAACGACGUCAAAUCUCACCUGUUCAUCUUCAAACGAUCGCCUCACCUGUUCAAUCUUUCGCAACACUCGAGCGAGACACUCUUGAAUAUGAAAAACAACGUUGUCACGAUCAAUUAGAAAAAAUUCGUUUAUUAUUAAAAUAUUUCCAUGAGAAAAUGUCCGAACACAAUGUAUCAAUCACGAGCACAUCUUGUUCUUCUCCAACAACAACAACAACAGAAUCAGCCUCUUCAGUUUAUUAUCCCCUAACACUUUCGGAAGAACAAACAAUUCUUUCAUCGUUUAUGAGUGAAGAAGUUGAUUCAGCUGAUAAUGCAACAAAUCAAUCGACAAUUGCCAUCGCUAUGAAAUUACCACGAAAUUUUAUUCCAUUAGAUCUUCAAUCAACAACAACGAACGAAAUUAUUCAUUCAUCAUUUCAUCCCGAUAACUCGUUUGGAUACAAAAAAGAACUACCUGCCGAUAUUGUUGAUAAAUAUGCUGGUAUUGGAAAAAAGAAACAACAACAACAAGGAGUUCAUGGAAAGAAAAAUAAGAAAAACAAAAAAAAUUUCAGUAUCAAACAUUCAUCACACAUGAUUUAUUUAUACAAUGAAGUUCGAGCAUCAACUGGUCAUUCGGAUACUCUUCCUUUUAUGCCAAUGUUUGAAUAUGAAUUGUCACCAGCUGUCAAAGCUCUUCAACUAAUGGAACAAAGUGUCGAAUCAUAUUUGACUGAAUUAUCACAACGAGAUGAACAACAUAGUGAAAUUCAUGAAGAAGAUGAUAUUCAAGAUUCAGCAUUGGACACAUUUUCUGAAACUUCGUCGUUAAUUGAAACAACGAAUUUUUCAAAAGAUUUUGCAUCCGCUCUUCCACAUUUAACAAAUAUUCCUGAAGCACGUUCAUCAUCGUCAUCCGAUGAUAAAAAAACCAUUGUUUCAUCAUCAUCUCCUGCAUCUUCUCAUCACAGUCAUUCAAAACUUGAACAACAACCAUCAUCGACAGUUCAUUUAACAACUGUCGAAGAAUCUUCACCUCAUCUCCCUGCAUUACCAGCUCAAAUCGAACGACAAAUCUCCGACGAAGGAUACCGUUCGAUCCAAAAUGGUACACAAGUACCACAAACAACACGAGCAACUAAUAACACAUCACCUCUGUUAACUCGAUCGUCAAGUUAUGAUUGUGUUGAAAAAGUUGGUAAAUGGUUAUCCAGUACCGCACAUUCAUCAUCAAUGUUAACUAUGGACGAAACUAUUCACAAUGACUUUCAAGCUACUAACAAUGCGAAAAGAGAAGAAAAUCUUGCUUAA